AUGGCUGAAGCUAUAAUAAUUACCUUGUUGGCUUCAAAACUGGAUCCAGCAACAAGAAGAAGUUGGGAGGCGUCUAUCGAACAUGGCAAGUUACCGGACUAUACUAAAACGAUCAAAUUCUUGCGAAAUCAUUGUCACGUUUUGGAGCGAUGCGAGAAUGCAGUACUAUCGUCGAAAGCAAAAGGUAUGAGCGCAAAUGUGAAACCGACAUCGGGGGCGAGUAAGAAACUCCACGUUGCUGCUGUACAGAAGACCGACGGGUGUUUGUUGUGUUCAGGAAGUCACACUCUCGAUGUUUGUGAAACAUUCAAGAAGCUGAAUGUAAAUGAUCGAUAUGCGAAAGCCAAGCAACUGGGGAUUUGCUUCGGAUGUUUGAAAAAGGGUCAUCGCACAGCAAAUUGCAAGAAGGGGAACACAUGUGCAACAUGUUCCAAAAACCACCAUUAUCUGUUGCAUCAAGAAGAGAAGAAGCCGACUGUCGUUCCUGCUGAGCCAAUUGGACAAUCUGAAGCAAUUUCCACCAAUGAUCCUGUAACGGUUGCUAAGUGCUCGGUGUCAUUGAAGUCCGAGGCGUCGGUGAAACAGAUUCUACUUGCAACCGCGAUAGUGAAUGUGUAUGAUUUGUUUGGAAAUGUUCAUAAAUGUCGCGUGUUACUCGAUUCGGGCGCUAUGGCAGAUUUUAUUUCUGAGCGAAUGGUCGACUUGUUGAAGCUGCAUAAGGAAAGUGCAAAUAUCCCAAUCGUAGGAGUCAAUGGGAUGAAGACUACUGUAAAGUUUAAGGUAAAUGCCAAUGUGUCUUCUAGAACGACGGGAUACAAGUUUUGUCUGGAUUGUCUCAUCGUUCCAAGAGUAACCGGUGCACUACCAGCACUGAGGAUUGAUCCUGAAGGAUGGCCGAUUCCACACAACAUUCAGCUAGCUGAUCCUAUGUUUCAUGAGCCCUCUCGAAUCGAUAUGCUGAUAGGUGCUGGCAAGUUUUUUGAUAUGAUUCAAUCUGGAAAGAUUACUAUGUCAACAAAUCUUCCUAUUUUACAAGAGAGUCAGUUGGGUUGGCUAGUCGCCGGGCCAGUUGUUGAUCCCAUGCCGUUCGGAACGGUCAAGGUUUGCCAAUCAGGGUCUCCACCGGAAUCCAACGAGAAACUGUAUGAGUUACUGAGAAGGUUUUGGUCCAUCGACGAUCAGAGUCAACUGAUGAUAAACAAUGAAGAUGAGUGCGAGAAGCAUUUCUUGCGAUCUUAUAGAAGACAGCCAGAUGGACGAUUCAUCGUUGAGAUUCCAUUCCAGGACAAUCUUAGCAAGUUGGGAGAGUCUCGAAUGCAAGCGCAGAAACGCUUCGAAGCACUGGAACGUCGACUGAAAAGGCACCCUGAAAUGAAGACAAUGUAUAUAGAUUUCAUCAAUGAGUAUUUACACCUUGGACAUUGCCGUGUAGUACAAACAGACGAGAAAGCUAGCGUUGCCUUUUACCUCCCGCAUCAUUGUGUAAUCAAACCAGACAGCUCCACCACCAAGUUGAGGGUGGUAUUUGACGCGUCGGCUAAAUCAACUAGUGCACUGUCUCUCAACGAUGUAAUGAUGGUGGGUCCUAAUGUGCAAGACUCGCUGUUCAACAUAAUUCUACGGUUCCGCAUGUACAAGUUUGUGUUUACCGCAGAUGUAUCUAAAAUGUACCGUCAGAUACUAGUUUAUGAGCCCCAAAGAAAGUACCAAAGAAUAUUAUGGCGAGAGAAUGAAACUGAUGAUCUUACGGAACUAGAAUUGAAUACGGUAACGUACGGUACAGCCGCGGCGCCAUUUCUUGCUACAAGAACAAUUCUACAAUUGGCAAAAGAUGAAGAAAAUAGGUUCCCUUCAGCAAGCAAGGCAGUUGUGAAGUCUUUUUAUGUAGAUGACGUACUAACCGGGGCGGAUACAUUGGAACAUGCACAACAGCUCAAAACAGAUCUAAUUGAUCUUCUUGGUCGGGGCGGAUUUGAGCUACACAAGUGGUGCGCAAACAAUGAAGAAAUCAUUGCCGACAUUCCCAUUGAGACUCGUGAAAAGCAUUUAAAGUUCGAGGACAACGACAUCAACGGUGUGAUAAAGACCCUAGGUAUCCUUUGGAAUCCUGCUGAGGAUAAUUUCCUGUUUCACGUACAACCUAUCAACGAAAACGACGAAUGCCCAACGAAAAGAAUGAUACUCUCAGAGACAGCAAAAAUAUUCGAUCCCUUAGGGCUAUUGGCCCCAACUGUUGUCAUUGCUAAACUACUGAUGCAGCAUUUGUGGAAGGAACGAUUGGACUGGGAUGACAAGAUUUCGGACGAACAGUUUCGUAUAUGGUCCAGAUUCAGAUCGGAACUCAAUAGUGUCAACAAUAUAAGGAUUGAUCGGCGUUUGACCAUGGAUGCUGCGGAGACGACGGAAUUGCAUGGAUUCGCGGAUGCCUCGCUGGUGGCGUAUGGUUGCUGUCUAUAUUUGCGCAGUGUGGAUGGUGUGGGAAACGCUCGGGUGAGACUUAUAUGCGCAAAAUCAAAGGUCACCCCGCUGAAGCAAACGCAACGUGAAACGGAUGCUGCUGAUAAGCUGGAGGACAUGACAGUGCCCAGACUCGAGCUGUGCGCUGCAACAUUGUUGGUGGAACAAAUGAAUAUAGUGCGCGAAACCAUAGCAGUGAGCCUUUCGAAGGUAGUGCUUUGGUCGGACUCUAAAAUUGUAUUAUGUUGGUUGAAAAAUAUGAAGCAAGAAACACCAGUGUUCGUGAAGAAUAGAGUGUUGAAAAUCAGACAGUUAUCACAAAACGUUGAAUGGCGUCAUGUGUCUACGAAAAUGAAUCCGGCAGACUUGGUGUCCCGUGGGAUGUUUCCAUCGGAGUUGAAGAACAGUGACCUCUGGUGGACAGGCCCAGCAUUUCUCCGUACUGUCGGUGGUUUAGACAUUGAAAACAGUGUUGAAUCUUCUGACGCAUUCGAUGAUGAGAGUGUACCAACCGUGACAUUAGCAGUGAAGGAAAACAGAUUAUAUGACGUGAUCGCAGCCAAGAGCAAUUUACGUAAACUUCAGCGAAUCUUUGCGUAUAUGAACCGGUUUAUUUUUAACUGUCGAUCGAAACAAAAUCAAGUAGAUCGGCGUUCCGGAAUACUGACCAGCAUUGAGCAUAAUGCGGCUCUACGAACAAUUGUAACUGUCGUACAACAAGUGGUUUAUCCAGAAGAGAUAAUUAGUCUCCAAUGCGGAAAGAGAUUGAAAGGAAAAUUGGCGAACUUGAAUCCAGUUUAUGAUGAUAACAGUCGAUUGUUGAGGGUUGGAGGACGUAUAAGGCAUUCCGAUUUGCCAUUGGCUCAAAGACAUCCAAUCAUAUUACCGGAGAAGAACCAUUUCACCGAAAUGCUAAUUGAUUGUUUGCACCGUGAAAAUUUACACGUCGGUUUGACUGGAUUAAUGGCGAUCGUUAGGCAAAUGUUUUGGCCAGUCAACGCUAAAAGAACGAUCAAUCGAGUUUUACGAAAGUGUGUCACCUGCUUCAAGAAUAAUCCUACAGAUAUCAAGCAAUUUAUGGGUGACUUGCCCAGUUGCCGUGUGACCGCUGCAUUGCCAUUCGCUAGAACAGGCAUAGAUUAUGCAGGUCCUUUCCUAAUAAAGGCUGGACGUAUGAAGGCAAAGAUCAAGGCUUAUAUUUGUUUGUUCAUUUGUAUGACAACCAAGGCCAUACACCUUGAAUUGGUGACGUCACUCUCAACUGACGCAUUCCUUGCUUGUUUGCAUCGCUUUGUUAGCCGUCGAGGCAAUCCUUCCGAACUGUUCUCGGAUAACGGGACAAAUUUCAGAGGUGCUGAUAGACAAUUGAAGGAAUUAUUCGAUCUUCUGAAGUGUCAAGUUCUUAAAGGCAGAGUGUUGGAAUUUUGCCAAUCACGAGGAAUCUCUUGGAGCUUCAACCCCCCUAAGGCUCCUCAUCAGGGAGGGCUCUGGGAAGCAAACAUCAAGUGCGUAAAGAGCCACCUAAACCGCGUGUUAAAUGAAAGUUACUUGACUUAUGAGGAAAUGCACACCUUACUUGUACAAAUAGAGGGCAUCCUGAAUUCUCGUCCUCUUGUACAGUUGUCGGACGAUCCCAAGGAUUACGAGGCUUUAAGUCCAGCUCAUUUUCUUGUAGGUCGUGAGCUAACGGCUGUAGCUGAACCGUUAUACGAAGACUUGAAGGAAAAUACACUUUCGCGGUAUCAAUUGGUUCAAAAACGCAAACAAUGUUUUUGGCGCAGAUGGUCAAACGAAUACGUAACGAAUUUGCAGCGGCGAGGCAAGUGGUUCAAAGAUCCCACGAUGUUACAAAAGGGAUUAUUGGUCAUCCUCAAGGAGGAUAAUACGUUGCCCAAGCAUUGGAAAAUGGGCAGAAUCGAGGAAGUCUAUCCAGGUAAGGACGGCAUAAUACGAGUUGUCAGUGUACGUACGAAUAAUGGUGUCUACCGUCGACCAACGACGCAGUUGGCUGUUCUACCAGUCAAUGAGGAGAUACAACCGAAUCAGGAAAAGGCUUGA